CGACGGCCGGGCUCGUCCCCCCCGUUGCCAAUCCAGGAGGCGUCGUCCGGGCGACGACCCCACCUCUUCCGGCGCGGGCCCGCGGCUUCCGGCAGGGGGCCCGGCGGCGGGCGGCGGUCGCGCAGCGGCGGGGCCCGGGGGGCGCCCAAGAUGGCGGCGGGCGGCGCGGAGGGCGGCGCGGGCCCGGGCGCCUCCAUGGGGGACUGCGCGGAGAUCAAGUCGCAGUUCCGCACCCGCGAGGGCUUCUACAAGCUGCUCCCCGGAGACGGCGCCGCUCGCAGGUCGGGUCCGGCUUCCGCCCAGACCCCGGCGCCGCCCCAGCCGCCGCAGCCCCCGCCGGGCCCUGCCUCCACCUCCGGCCCCGGCGCCGCGGGCCCCGCGUCGUCUCCGCCACCCGCAGGCUCCGGGCCCGGGCCCGCGCUGCCCGCUGUGCGCCUCAGCCUCGUGCGCCUCGGAGAGCCGGACAACGCCGGGACCGGGGAGCCGCCCGCCACGCCCGCGGGCCUCGGGGCCGGAGGAGACCGCGUCUGCUUCAACCUGGGCCGCGAGCUCUAUUUCUACCCGGGGUGCUGCCGCCGCGGGAGCCAACGGUCCAUCGACCUCAACAAGCCAAUUGACAAGCGGAUCUAUAAGGGCACCCAGCCCACCUGCCACGACUUCAACCAGUUCACUGCUGCCACAGAGACCAUCUCCCUGCUGGUGGGCUUUUCAGCCGGCCAGGUGCAGUACCUGGAUCUCAUCAAGAAGGACACCAGCAAGCUGUUCAAUGAAGAGCGGCUGAUUGACAAGACCAAGGUGACGUACCUGAAGUGGCUGCCUGAGUCCGAGAGCCUGUUUUUGGCAUCACACGCCAGCGGCCACCUGUACCUGUACAACGUCAGCCACCCAUGCGCGUCGGCACCCCCCCAGUACAGCCUGCUGAAGCAGGGGGAGGGCUUCGCCGUCUACGCUGCCAAGAGCAAGGCACCCCGCAACCCGCUGGCCAAGUGGGCGGUGGGUGAGGGGCCCCUCAACGAGUUUGCCUUCUCGCCUGACGGCCGGCACCUGGCCUGUGUCAGCCAAGACGGCUGCCUGCGCGUCUUUCACUUUGACUCCAUGCUCCUGCGGGGGCUCAUGAAGAGCUACUUUGGGGGCUUACUCUGCGUGUGCUGGAGCCCUGAUGGGCGCUAUGUUGUGACGGGUGGCGAAGAUGACCUGGUCACCGUGUGGUCCUUCACCGAGGGCCGCGUGGUGGCCCGCGGCCACGGCCACAAGUCUUGGGUCAAUGCUGUGGCCUUCGACCCCUACACCACAAGGGCCGAGGAGGCGGCAGCAGCCAGUGGUGAUGCGGAACGGAGUGUCGAGGAGGAGGAGGAGCCCGAGGUGGCCGGCCCAGGCUCGACUGGGGGAGACCCGCUCUCCCCAAUGCCCAAGGCCGGCUCCAUCACUUACCGCUUCGGCUCGGCCGGCCAGGACACGCAGUUUUGCCUGUGGGACCUCACCGAAGACGUGCUUUACCCGCACCCGCCCCUGGCCCGCACCCGCACGCUCCCCGGCACGCCUAGCACCACACCGCCUGCUGCCAGCAGCUCUCGGGGUGGCGAGCCCGGCCCCGGGUCCCUGCCCCGCUCACUGUCCCGCUCCAACAGCCUCCCACACCCAGCGGGCAGUGGCAAGGCGGGUGGCCCCGGCACAGUGACGGAGCCGGGCACUCCGUUUAGCAUCGGCCGCUUUGCCACGCUCACGCUGCAGGAACGGCGGGACCGGGGGGCGGAGAAGGAGCACAAGCGCUACCACAGCCUGGGCAACAUCAGCCGGGGGGGUGGCGGGGGCGGCAGCAGCGGGGACAAGCCCAGUGGCCCUGUUCCCCACAGCCGUCUGGACCCGGCCAAGGUGCUGGGUACGGCCUUGUGCCCGCGCAUCCACGAGGUGCCCCUGCUCGAGCCCCUGGUGUGCAAGAAGAUUGCCCAGGAGCGGCUGACGGUCCUCCUGUUCCUGGAGGACUGCAUCAUCACCGCCUGCCAGGAGGGCCUCAUCUGCACCUGGGCCCGGCCGGGCAAGGCGUUCACUGACGAGACCGAGGCCCAGACAGGGGAAGGAAGUUGGCCCAGGUCACCCAGCAAGUCAGUGGUAGAGGGCAUCUCCUCCCAACCAGGCAACUCCCCAAGUGGCACCGUGGUGUGAAGCCCUGGAUGUUGGGUUCCCUGCCCCGCCUCGCCUCCUAGCCAUAACCCUCCGCUGACCUCACGGAUCAACCUAUUAACAAGACUAACCAUGGCGGAUGGACUGCUCCGGUCCCCCACCCUGCACAAAUUGGGGGGCAGAGAGUCCCCCCCCAGACUGGUCUAGAACCUGGGGGGAUGUAGUGGCUCAUGUGGCCUCGGCCUUGUCCCCACCCACUGCCAAGUACAACGACCCCUUCCGCUGAAACAUCAGUGUUAGCCUCAUCCCUGUCCCCAGCAUGUGACUGGUCAUGGGGGGCGGAGGGAGAAGCUCCCCACCCACAAGAGCCCCAGCUCCGCAGUGUGCCCCUCAGUCUGCGGGCAGGGCAGGGCGGCCUGCCCCUCCUGACCCCACACCCCAUUUCCCCUGCUGGUGUUCGUGCUUCUGAAAAGUGUUAAGUUAUGGAAGCCCUUUGGGGCCCUUCCUGUCCCCAGCACCUCUUAUUUAUACUAAAGUUCCCUGUUUUCA